AAAAUUGGAGCAAUUGGUGGAACUCGCUGGGAACAUUCAAAAUCCAAAGGAGAGAGCCGACAGAGUGGGGUCAAGUGUGAAUGAAAAUGCUGAAACUGAAACCGACAUAUGCACCCUAAAUUGCUUGUGUCAGUCAACACUUGCAAGUGAGAAAGACAAAACACUCAAACAGGGUGAUGUUAUGUGCCACUCCCACUACUACUGCUCUGCUGUGUCUCACUCUAUCUGUCUCUUUGAAUACUGUGCCAAAAUUCCACACACAAACAAACAGAUAACAUAACAGAAGAAGAACUCAAGAGAUGGAGAGUGGCGGUAAUGGGAAGAGAGCACAUGAAGAAGCGGGGCCUUCAUCUGGGAUUGAUGGAAGGAAACUUGAAAUGACUGAAAAAGCGAGUGAUGAUGAUAAAGAAGAGGAGGAGGAGGAGGAGGAGGAGGAAGAAGGAGCCAUUGAAGAUAGCAAAAAUGGUUUUUUUGUUCCUGGGCCUCUUCUUUCUCUCAAGGAACAGAUCGAACGGGACAAGGAGGACGAAAGCCUAAGGAGAUGGAAAGAGAAGCUGUUGGGUUGCUUGGAAAGUGAUAUAGAUGGUCAAUUGGAUCCUGAAGUGAAAUUUCACUCCAUAGGAAUUCUCUCUGAGGAUUUUGGUGAAAUUGUCACUCCUCUACCUGUGGAUGAAAAUCGCAAUGGCUGUACUCUAUUUACUCUCAGGGAGGGGUCUCGCUAUCAGCUUAAGCUAAAAUUUAGUGUUCUGCACAACAUUGUGUCUGGCUUGACAUACUCCAACACUGUGUGGAAAGGAGGGCUUCAAGUUGAUCAGAGCAAAGGAAUGUUGGGUGCUUUUGCUCCUCAAAAGGAGCCAUAUGUAUACGCCUUGAAGGAGGACACCACUCCUUCCGGUGCACUUGCAAGGGGUGUUUACUCAGCCAAACUUAAGUUUGAAGAUGAUGACAGAAGGUGUCACAUGGAACUCAAAUAUUUAUUCGAGAUAAAAAAGAGAAGCUAGUCCGGUUUUUCUGACACCAUGUUUUUAUAUAUCCUCCCAAAAUCCUUAAUUAUAUUUCUGAACAUGUGUUAUGGAUGCUACAGCUUUGUAUUUGUUUCCUAAUACACAGAAAGGGGAUGGACUCCGUUAUGAAAUUCUGAUGGCUCUCUUUUUUUUUU